AUGAGUGCUACUUUAAUCGCUAAUAAUAACAGUAAUAAUAAUGACAUCCCAGACCCUUCUGUCGUCCAUGAGAAUGGUAUUAAACCUUAUUUUGAACAAAAGAUCCAAGAAAUGGAAUUAAAAAUACAUCGUAAGACCUCCAAUCUAAAGAGACUGGAAGCACAAAGAAACAUUCUUAAUGAUAGAGUCCGUUUUAUCAAAGAUGAAUUACGUCUACUACAGGAACCAGGUUCCUAUGUCGGGGAGGUUAUUAAAGUCAUCUCUGAUAAAAAAGUCCUGGUCAAGAUCCAACCAGAGGGGAAAUACAUAGUCGAUAUAUCAAAAGAUAUUAAUAUCAAAGAUUUGAAAGUAUCUCAACGUGUAUGUUUGAAAAGUGAUUCUUACAUGUUGCAUAAGAUAUUGGAAAAUAAAUCAGACCCAUUGGUCUCAUUGAUGAUGGUGGAAAAGGUACCUGACUCCACAUAUGACAUGGUCGGUGGGUUGACUAAACAGAUUAAAGAAAUUAAAGAAGUCAUAGAAUUACCUGUAAAACAUCCAGAAUUGUUUGAAAGUUUGGGUAUUGCACAACCAAAAGGUGUCAUCCUUUAUGGUCCACCGGGGACAGGUAAAACACUUUUGGCAAGAGCCGUGGCACAUCACACAGAUUGUAAAUUCAUUAGAGUCUCUGGUGCAGAAUUGGUACAAAAAUAUAUCGGGGAAGGCUCUCGUAUGGUCCGUGAAUUGUUUAUAAUGGCACGCCAACAUGCUCCAUCUAUUAUCUUUAUGGAUGAAAUUGACUCUAUCGGUUCAAGUCGUGUUGAGAGUACAGGCGGUGGGGAUUCAGAGGUCCAAAGAACAAUGUUGGAGCUAUUAAAUCAAUUAGAUGGGUUUGAAACAUCCAAAAAUAUUAAGAUUAUAAUGGCCACAAAUAGAUUAGAUAUCUUAGACCCUGCACUGUUAAGACCAGGUAGAAUUGAUAGAAAGAUUGAAUUCCCUCCCCCAACAGUGGCAGCAAGAACAGAGAUUUUAAGAAUCCAUUCACGUAAGAUGAAUUUGACUCGUGGCAUCAACCUAAGGAAAAUUGCAGAGAAAAUGAACGGUUGUUCUGGUGCAGAUGUUAAAGGUGUAUGCACAGAAGCUGGUAUGUAUGCAUUAAGAGAAAGAAGAAUUCAUGUAACUCAAGAAGACUUCGAGUUGGCUGUAGGAAAAGUUAUGAAUAGAAAUAAUGACACUACAAUCUCCUCUGCCAAACUAUUUAAAUAA